UAGUUCUAUUAUCUAGGGAAGGUAAAGAAUAUGUCAAAUUCCAAAGAUUUUGUCUUUAAAAUAAAUUGCAUUUCUACUGUAUCAUGCAAAAAACACAUUAAACAUCCCAUUGGCAAAUUUCACACCCUAUAAUCUUUGUCACAAAUCACUAAUCUCGAGGUACAAACACUUCAAAGUUUCUGAAAAAGUGUGUUUUUCUUCAAUCUAGCUUCUGGGUCGUCACUUGUGAUUAAUUUGAGCAACAAUGGAGGAGAAAUCAGAUUGUGAGAAUUGCAGGACAUGGGAAGAAGAGAUGUAUUGGAAACAUUUCAAUUCCAUGCAUUUUUAUCAAAUUCUACCCCAAAACUUCCAUGAUCAUCUUGUUAGGUAUUGCCUGAGAAAUUUGCUAUGCAUAUGAAAACCCAUUUACCAGACAAAUUGUCUCUCAAAGGCCCCAGUGGUAAUGUAUGGCAUGUGGUCAUGUGGAUAUUCAGACAACUGAUAAUGUGCUGCUUGUCGGGAAUGAGUGGAAGGACUUUGUGAAAACUUAUGAACUUAGAGAAAAUUGUCUCUUGAUGUUUAAGUAUAAGCGUAACUCAAGUUUUGAGGUCUUAAUUUUUGACCAAGAGAGUUUCUGUGAAGAGGAAGCAUCCUAUUUUAUAAAGAAAUGCAGCCACCCCAAGCCUGUACAUGAAAAUCAUAAGAAGAGAAUUGUGAGAGAAGGUUCAAACACCAAUGUAAUUGGAGACAAUAUAGAUGAUGAUUCUGCAUAUGUUGUAUCGAAGAAGUCUAAGAAUAAUGUUGAUGGGGAGGUAAACUGUUUGGGACGAGAGAACACUCAAAAUCCUAGGAAUCAGACGUCCAAUUUGGUUAUAAAAAAAAAUGGCAGAGGCAGACCAAGAAAGAUAAAAGAACCAUGCAAUUCUUGGAGUAAAUCAAAGGCCCAAUCUAAGGAAAAGCCCGGCAUAAAUGAAGCUACCCAUGAAGUGAGUCAGGUUUCACUACGAGACCUGAACACCCCUGAAAAUGGAGAAAGUUCCCCCGAGAAAGAUCAUUCUAACAAGUUGAAGGACCAAAUCGCAGACAAGAAUCCUAGCGGAAGUGACACUGCCCAAAAACCAGGUACAAAUUCAGGCAGAGACUGGAGCACCCCUGAGGAUAGAGAAGGUUCCUUAGAGAUGAAUAAUCACCACAAAUCUAAAACAUUAUCUGGAAAGGAGCCAAGUGAAAAUGGUACAGCAGAAAAAAUAAGUCAAGUUUUGGGUAGCAAGCCAAUAGUUCUAAAUUUUGAAGAAUGUUCCCCGACGGCAGAUGAUUCUCACAGUCAUAGAAGGAAAAGAGGCAGACCAAAGAAGCAGGCAGUUCCCAUGUCGUCAAUGAAACAGGUGUCCAGAAGUGUUUCAUCUGAAAAGGGGUACCCCGAGUAUGUGUCCAAUAGAAGGGCAGUGACUGAGAUGGAGAAAGAGGAUGCUUUGCGAAGGGCUACCCAAGAACGAACUGAAAAAAGUUUCACUGUUGUGAUGCGACCUAGUAGUGUUUACAGGAGGUUUUACUUGAGCAUUCCUGCAGAAUGGAUGAACAAGCACCUUGCUCUCCAAAACCAGGACAUCGUUCUCCGAGUGGAAGAUAAUAUAUGGCACACCAAGUUUUAUUAUAAUGGGAAAAGAUGUGUGGGAGGACUCUGUGGUGGGUGGAAGAAAUUUGCCUUCGAAAACUCCUUGGAAGAAUUUGACGUCCUACUCUUCAAGCUUGCUAACCCGAAGGAUGAUGCAACUGUCUUUGACGUUGAAAUAUUCAGAGUGAUCCCGAAGAUCCUCCCUCCCCUCCAAGUGAAUUCUUCCAUUUUGACAUGAAGAUCUUUUAUAGGCUGCAUUAGCUUGUUGAUCUUUAACUGCACUGUAAUGGGUUUGCAGGCAUAUUUUAGAUCAUCUAAUAUUGUAUGUAGUAUUUAGGGCGGUUUAACUUGGUCAUAAUUAUUAUUAGUUAUUUAGACUUCUUAUGAAUGUUGGAGUCAAAUAUUUACUCUUCAACUCUUUUAAUAAAAAUUGACAUAAUCAUGUAACAUUGGUCUAGUGACAUUGAAGGGGCUUUUGGUUCAAAUCAGUUGAAUGGAACGGAUUGAGAACCCAUAAAAAGGAGGUAUGGAUUGAGAAUCCCAUAUUGAUUGUAUUGGUGUCUUAAAUCUAUGGAAAUUUUGUCAAUUACUACCCCUAAAAAUGUCAUUUGUGAAUUAAUACCCCUAAAAAAAAAGUUGUUAAUUACUACCCCUAAAAUUGAUUAAUUCUAGAAACUACUACUUUUUUUUCCUAAUCAACCUACUUAAUGACAUCAUUAUUUGGUCGAAUUGUAAUUAGUACUCCCUCUGUCCCAUAAUUUUUGCCCCAAUUUCCUUUUAAGGGUGUCCCUUUAAUUUUGCUUCAUUCUGUUUUUGGACAUAUGGGUCUACAUUUCUACUCUCACAACCCCACCAUUUUUUUUCUCUCAUCACUUUUUUCCAACCAAAACUUAAUAAAAUAACAUUACACUAUGGAGCAAAAUACAAGGGACGGAGGGAGUAACUUUUAACCCUUAAUUAAUUAGCUUGCACGACCUCCACACCACCUGUGGCAGCCCCCCUUACCACCUCCGGCAGCUCCCCCACCACGAUAUCCACCCCCUCUUGCUCAUCCACCGCGAAACCCACCCCCUCCCGUUCCCCCACCACGAAACCCACCUCCCUCCCGCUCCCACACCGUGAAACUGACCCCUUCCCAUCUCCCCACCAAGAAAUCCACCCCCAUUCUACUCCCCCACCACAAUUACCACCCCACCCCUUGCCCCAAACCUCAAAGCCCAUCGCCUCUGUUUUCCCCAACCCCGAUUACCGCCCCUCCCCUUCCCCCAACUCCCAGAAACAGCCCAGCCACGUUAAGGGAGCCGCUGGAGGUGGUAGGGGUGGGUUUCGUGGUGGGGGAUCGAGAAGGAAGUGUGUUUCACGGUAGGGGAGCUGCCGGAGGUGGUAGGGUGGCUUUUGGAGGUGGUGUGGAGGUGGUGGAAGGGUUAGUUAAUUAAUCAAGGUUUAAAAGGGUUACAAUUUGGUCGGAUAAUAAUGUCAUUAAGUGGUUAAGUAGAUAGAUUAGGGAAAAGGGUAGGAUGGGACCAACUCCACCUUUUACUUUACAUGUUAUGGCUAAAAGUUAACGUGUGUGCAAUUAUGUAAAAUCUUUA